AUGGAAGCAAACAUCUCUGAUCCCAACACCUGGAAAGUGGAGAGAGGUCACAGAAAGCAGCAGUGGGUCCUACAAACCAGUAUAAUUGGAAGGAGUUGUUGGCAAAGACUGGAUGAUGGUCAAUUUGUAGGGAAUUUGGAAUGUGAAGGCGGUUAUGAGUGGAAUGAAACUAAAAAUACAUGGGAAAGAUGGGGCACUCCUUUGGAAAUGCCAUUCCAAUUGAGAAACUGGACUAAUGGUAGCACAAUCAUAAAUGGGUGGCCAGCCCCGAGUGCAUAUUAUUGGAUAUGUAGGAGAGUAGCAUAUGCUCACUUACCAAAAAAUUGGGUAGGAUCAUGUGUAUUGGGAACAAUUAGACCCAGCUUCUUCCAGUUGCCUAUCUCCAAGGGAGAGAGGUUAGGCGUACAGCUGUACACUGAGACUGAUGAGUUAAGAAGGGCCAGAAGGGAUCUCCAAGUAGGAAAUUGGAAAGACAAGGAGUGGCCUCCCGAAAGAAUUAUUGCCUAUUAUGAGCCUGCAACAUGGGCAGAAGAUGGAUCUUGGGGUUAUCGAACUUCAAUAUAUAUGCUUAAUAGGAUAAUUAGAUUGCAAGCAGUAGUAGAACUAAUUGUAAACAAAACUGGAGAUGCCUUGAACCUAGUAGCGAAGCAAAAUACUCAAAUGAGAACUGCUAUAUAUCAAAAUAGAUUAGCAUUAGACUAUUUACUAGCUCAUGAAGGGGGUGUGUGUGGGAAAUUCAACCUAACCAACUGCUGCCUGGAAAUAGAUGAUGAAGGAAAUGCUGUUAACCAACUGGUGAAGAAAAUUGCUCACGUUCUGGUACAAACCUGGAAUGGGGUAAACUUAGGGAAUUGGUGGAAUAACUUGGGAGUAAGUGAUUGGUUUACUAAACUGGCUUUGGUGGGAGGGGGAGUGUUGAUUGUGGUAUUAAUUGUACCCUGUCUCAUUCCAUGUUUUGUAAGACUGAUCAUGAUGGUUGUGCAGGGGAUGCAAGUAACCAUUUGUUGCGGAGGGCAGGAUUAA